GCCCCCAGCCCCCCGGGCCGAACCGGUGCUGCAGGUACAGAAGAUUUUUGGGGGGAGCCGCGGCCCCGGGACCACCCUGCAGUCGCCGCUGGACCUGGCCAUGCUGGCCCCCUACAUCCCCAUGGACGGCGACUUCCAGCUGGGCGGGGCCGAGCCGCUCAGGGGGCGGGGCCUGCGCCGCCACGGGCCCGCCCACAAGGCCGAGGCCCCGCCCCCGAGGCCCCGCGCCCGCAGCUUCCCCGGGCGAGGCCCCGCCCCCUCGCGGGCUGGCCACGCCCUCCCCAGGUGGGGCAGCGACCCCGCCCUCGGCCACGCCCCGCGGCCACGCCCUGCUAGGAAGAGGCCGCGGGAGCCGAGCGCGGAGGAGCCGGGAGCGCCCCUGAAACGGGCGGAGCUGGACCCGCAGCUUCUGGGGCUGCUGCUGAGCGGGGACCCCCCAGGAGUGAGCCUGGGCCAGGAGCAGCCCCUGGUGCUGCUGGCCGAUGGUCUGACCCUGCCCGGGACCCCCCAAAACCCGGGGGGGGCUCCUUGAGGGGGGGGACGACCCCUCCCCAAAAAAAAAAACCAGCAACGACCCCUCCCCCCUGGCUUUGGGACCCCCCGAAAUUGGGGUGACCCCUCCCCAAAAUCCACAUUUUUGGGGGGGCGGCACCGAAAGCCAUCGCCUGACCCCCCCUCCCCAAAAUAAAACCGCCCUGGGACCCCCAAAUUCCUCCCCAAUUUAUCCCCCUCCCCAAUUAGGGACCCCCAAACCCUCCCCUCAGGGACCCCCACCCAAUUUAUGACACCCCCUCCCCACAAAUUUUCAAUUUUGGGGACCCCCCCACCCUUAAUUUGGUGCUUUGGGGGGUCCCACCCCCCAAUUUGGUGCUUUGGGGGGUCCCACCCCCCAAUUUGGUGCUGGGGACCCCUCCCCCAUUUGGUGCUGGGCUGAAAUCGCCCCUUUUGGGGGGGGGGGGGCUUUGUGUCCCCUCCCCCCCUCCCCAAAUCCGGGACCACCCCUCCCCAAAUCCCCCCUAAACCCCCCCAAAACCCCCCGAGACCCCCCCUCAGGACCCCCAAAAGCCCCUCAGGAGCUCCCUGGGACCCCCAAGAUUUCCCCAAAAUUUCUCCAGGACCCCCUGGGACCCCCAACCCCCCCCAAAU